ACAUCGCUCAAAACUGACACGCUAUUACUGGAAUGUCGCAUCUCCAUCAUGCGGAUGCUGUAGCAUGUGCGGAUAUUGUUUUAAAGGUUGAAUGUCACAGGGGUUCAGUGGAUUCUAAAUCACUGUUCUAAAGAAAUGCCAUGUGUUUACAUUGUACAUAGGGCCUACACAGUUCAGGUACUCAACUCAAAGUGAAGCCGCUUGUAGGCUGUCUGACACGCAGCACGUCACACCAUGAGGCAAGCAAGCUGUAAUGUCGUGGUCGUGAUGGUGGUGUUGCUUACAGGGACGGCCGUUAUCCUGCUCGAGAUGCCCGAGACUCACCGUCUGCUGGCAGCUGUCGCGGGGCCAUACCCCCACACAAGAUACCAGUCCAGGCGGAAACACCCGACAACAGCCGACUCCUCACACAGACUUUCCGGAAAUGUAAUAUUCAACGACACGAAUGUUCUCGCUGGACUCCGGAAAUAUGGUCUGUUGGACCUACCAUCGAAGGAAGUUCUCCGCCAGAUGUCGCUUCAGCAGAUGACAAUGACAUAUCACAGUUACAUCGACAAUAUCAACAUCCUGUGUCACCGGAAGUUCCGGAUGGGAAGGGUCGGCGAUGGUGGCUGGGAGGUCUGUGAUGACGAAGCCUUUAGGCCUGGGGAGCCGUGUCUUGUGUACUCCUUUGGCAUCAACCACGACUUUACAUUUGACGAUGACAUAGCCAAGCUGUAUGGUUGCCAGGUGUAUGCCUUUGACCCCAGUAUGCGGGAAUCAACCAACAGGCGUUCACUGUCUGUGCAUUUCUCUCAGCUUGGUAUCGGCAGCGAGGACACUUAUAUAGACCGCACAGGUUGGCAUCUGAUGACUCUACAGUCUAUCAUGGCGAUGUUCGACCACAGUGGGAGAAUCAUCGACGUCCUGAAAAUGGACGUAGAAGGCGCGGAAUGGGGGAGUUUACGUCAGAUGAUCACGUCACGUGACCUGUCACGUGUAAAACAACUGUUGGUGGAGUUCCACUUUGAUGGAGAGUUUAAAACCAAAGACAUGGGAGUGGCGUUCCUCGAUGUCCUAAUUGACCUGCAUACUGCUGGAUUCCGAAAGUUUUACGCUCACAAAAAUCCGUUGAAAAAUCUAAAGAGUCGUACAUUCAGCAUCGUUAGAACAUCUUGUUACGAGCUUCAUUUUGUAAACAUAAAUAUGAAUGACAAUAUGUGAGUGUAUUGUGUACACUGUUGUAAAUAAAGUAAGUUAUUUU